AUGGCUACUCCACAACCAUUGAGCGAUAAUUCGGCCGGUGCCCAACUGGCAUCGCUACCUAUAAUCAACAUCACACCUUACCUUCUCGAUGACCGAUCACCUUCGACUAUCGUUAGGCGAGCCGCCACCUCUGCGGCUAUUCAUAAUGCUUGCCUAGACUUUGGUUUCUUUUAUCUUGACAUUUCAGCCUUUGUUGAUCCACGGGAAACUGAGGAACUCGUCUCAUUAGCAAGAGAAUUCUUCGCUCUACCCCAAGAGGAAAAGGACAGAAUUGCUCUCAAGAACGAAGACAACGCGAGAGGAUACGCAGGGCUAAAAGAGAAUGUGACGAAUGGAAAGGCGGAUAAUCAUGAAGGCCUCGAUUUCUACCGUCCUGUAGAAAAUCCAGAUAAGAGGAAACCGUUAUGGGGGAAUAAUCAAUGGCCCGACGACCCCCGUUUUAAGGAGAAAUACGAGAACUGGGUGGUUAAAAUGCAAAAAUUAGGACUGAUAGUCAUGGAAGCGAUGGCCAUUGGUCUUGGGAUGACUCCAGAAGAACGGCAGGAGUUACGGGGCCUCGUCGACGAAAGUUUCUGGGUAAUGAGAGCCAUAGGAUAUCCUCCUCUCCCUGACGAUCAUGACGGAUUUUCAUGCGGAGCCCACAAGGAUUAUGGAUGUCUAACAUUUUUGUACGCAGAUCGGACACCGAACGCACUCCAGGUUUUCGUGCAUCCUGACGUUGCCAGCGGAGCUGAUGUUUCAGGCCUGCCAGUUGAGCAGGGUAAUGAAGAAGGGCACUGGAUUACCGCAAAUCCUAUUCCUGGAUGUGUGGUGUGUAAUAUCGGUGAAAUGUGGGAGAUAUGGACAGAUGGCCUUUACAAAUCGACCUUGCAUCGCGUUGUCCAUAGAGGCUCUAAUUACCGGUGA